CAGGGAGAGCUGUCCCCUCUCUCUCUCUCCCCCCGAGUGAGGGGUCAGUCCUCAGGGGGAGAGCUGUCUCCCCCCCGACCCCAUGAAGGGAGAGCACGUUUUCGGGUGUAAUGGAAAUAAUUUAAGCGUCUCUCUCUUACCCCUCUCUCCCUCUCUGUCUCUCUCUGUCUCCCCCUCUCUCUUUGUCUCCCCAUCCUGCUCCUUCCCUCCACCCGGGGGAGGCGGGGUGGCGGCUGUGACACAGGUGGAGAAGGUACAGAUGUUGAACGAAGACAUUGGGAAGUUACUGGCCCAGGCUGAGCUGCUGGGAUCGAAUGGGAUCGCAGACCAGUCACAGCGAGUCCUCGAGGAGGUUGACAGAUUAACGCAGCUGAAAAAGGAAUCCGAGCAGGAAUAUCGGAACAACAUCCCCACGUGUAGCCUGCAGCAGCAAAAGCUGCGAGUGUGCGAUGUGUGCGGGGCCUACCUGGGGCUACAGGAGAAGGAUAAGCGUCUCGCCGACCAUUUCAGGGGGCGCCUGCACAUGGGCUUUAUGGAGAUCCGCAGUAAACUCCAGCAGGUCAAGAAAACGCUGGCAGAGAAGUUGGGUAUGUCGAACAGUGAGUUCUCGCGGCACCGGGAUGAGAGACGCUCCGAGCGGAGGCCGAGCGAGAGGAGGCCGGAGGGUCAGAGCAGGCCGAGGCCCAUGAGGAGGAGACCCAUCUUCGACGAUCCCCGGGACAGACUUUACAGAGACGGCCCUCGCUUCGGCUUGUACCACACCUUCUGAGGCUGAUCGGCUGCGGCGGCAUCGCGGAGAGAAACAGAUGCUGACAGCCUCCCCUUUCUGGAUUUCACGUCUAUGCCCCACAUCCUCCAGGAAGGGGGCUUUGGAAAGGAGGCGUGUGUUGGGGGGAAGCGGCAGGGAGAAGAUGUUGUUUCUUUGUGGGACUGUUUCAGCUCAUUCUCUCCUCUCGGAGAUCUGGGCCACUUCUACUCCUGGUCAGGUCACGGUCACAGUUCUACCCCCUCACCCCACCCUACCCUGGGUCCUUUGUACAAAAUAGUUCCUGUGUUUGAUUCAUUUCUUUACGAAAUAAAAGUGAGGUUUUUUUUAA